AUGAGGGUUACGGUCUGGCCGGCGGGUAGUCUAGAGGACCGCCCACCGCCCGAUCCCACGUCCCCGGGGUCCCCUGAUACAGGGGAGCUGGGGAGCGGGUUGUGCCGAGAGCAGACGAAUCCACUCGGCAACGUCACGAAGUCCGCGAUCAACCGCACCAGUCCCGCUAGCGAGACCAUUGCCGAGAGACCGCGGAACCUGGCAAUCGGAAAGAAUGCUUCCCGAUCCUCCAUUCAUACUCACCUCUUGGAUACCACGUCGCCGGAGUCCCCUGCUGCAGAGGAGCUGACGAGUGGUAUUGCCGCCGAGUGUCCUGCGUCCCCAGAGUUCCUGCGAACAAAAUUAGGAGAGCAGGAAGCCAGCGCACCGCAGGUGUGCCAGGAGAGUCCUGAGGCCCCGCUCACACACACACACACCAUACCCAGCCAGCCGAGAGUCCGAAGACCACAAGGCCAGCCCCCUUUCCUCCCCAAGGGAGUCCCAUGUAGACCGACCGCGAGACUUCCUCCCCCCGGGCUACCGGAAUUCCUGCUCCCGAACGAAACGCCGCGCGAACGCAACUUCACGCCCGGUGUUGAGCGAGAGGGUGGUCCUGCCCCGGACGAGCCAGCCCAUUGCGAGCCACAGUCCGAAGACCGCAAGGAGCUGGGGAGCGAGAUAGUGCCGAGAGCAGAACGAGUCCACUCGGCAGAACGAAGGAUCCUGCCCCCGAAAUCCCCUUUUCAGAGGACAGGGGAGCAAGAUGACCGACACACCGAGACCGGCACGCCAGCCCCUUCGCACAGAUUCCGAGAAGGAGCCCUAGCCCACGGAUGGGGGUCCUCGGGCCCCUCUCCCACACACACGCCGGCCAGCCCAGAGUCUAACGACCACAAGGCCGGCCCGCACUCACCGGCCAGGCCAUACGGCCACACGACCGCGCCGCCCCUAAAGUCCCACGAUCCAAUUGCGCAGGCUCCGACAACGAAACCCACGCAUCCGGACCAUGAGACUAUCCCCCCCCCUGCGGAUAUUAGCCGCCGAAGAAAGACGCCUGCUAUGCAAACAUCGUUCUCCGUCGUUGCCCAGAUUGCACCAAGCCCGGCUGCUACCCUUCCCCCCGGACCGUAA